AUGACAUCAUCUUUGCCAGAAGAUCCAGCUACUAUAGUUGCAGAAGAAACAUUUUCAAAUUCUCUGAAACCAUAUACCAUCUUUUCAAAUUUGUGUAAUGAAGAUUUCACAUCAACAGUGCCUGAAGAAGCUUUGAUUUCACAACAUGGAUAUCGAAAUCAAAUAGAUUUAGACGAUUCAUCUAACAAUGAUGAACAAUUUGAAAGAUUAGCUAACGAUUUAUUGAUUUAUUUUCAUAAGCUAUUUGAUGCAAUUGAAAUAGCAAAAAUAGGGGCUUUUUUGAGAGCUUACAUCGAUAAAAACGUGUUCUGUAUCAAAAUGGAGUUAUCCUUGAACAAAAUCAUUUAA